AACGCGCGCCGCCGCCGCCGCUGCCGCCGAUGCUGCUGCUGCCGCUGCCGCUGCUGCUGCUGCUGCCGCCGCUGCCGCUAGCUGCCUCCUACCGCCUGACUACUACCGUGGUGCUGGUACUGUGGGGAAAGAGUGAGAGAAAGGGAAGGAGAGGAGAUUUACACUUUGUUUUCCCGUCUAUCGCGCGCGCUGCUUUCCUCACGACGGUGAUCCACACGAAAAUCAUCCAAGCUGGAUAGGUUACCCGAGUAUCUCCGCGAUACCGUGGACUGGUUUAUGGGAUCGACGAUGAACGAUCUUUCACGACUACCGUAAACGAGAUCGAUUGUCUUCCAAACAGCGUGUCUUCCGCAACUUCCGUCGUCUUCCCGCGAGCUACAUAUUUCUUCUUCAGCCGAAUAGUAGAUCGGGCGUCACCAUCAUCUAUGCUACUGAACAAAUCGCCAGACCUGCACGGAGUGAGAAAAUAUCGUUACUAAGAAACUUGAACACAUUUAUAGUACACGAGUAUUUAGAACGGAUUUUAGAGAAGAAGAAAAAGAAGAGGAGCGCGGAAUAGAGAAGAAAUCAAAAUCUAGACGGAUCCGACCGAUUCUCAAACCUGCCAUUAACAGGUGCACCGAAAGGAGAUUCUCCGAUAUAAUCCCUCGAUACGAACAUUCCGUCCUCGAUACCAAAGAGAUUAUUUACCACGCUCGGGGAUUCUCGGCCGAGUGAUAGCUCGCCACCGCGCACCGGUCUCUGCAUAAGAGGGAGAUCCGGAGAAAGCCGUCCCGGCGCGUGCUGACCAACGUUCGAUGACAAACGAACAAGAUUUGGUGCCUACCCAGCGUGCGUGAGCGGAUCCUCGGGCACGAGGGCGGUGCGCCGAGGCCGAGGAGAUCGUCCUCAACGACGACGAUCGCGACGACGAAGACGACGGGAACGAUGCUACGCUCGCCGGCGCGAGGCGCCGUCACCGUCCUACGGGUGCCCUCCUCUGCUUCCGCAUCCGUUUCUGCCGCGGCGGCGGCGGCCGCGGUGGCAUCCUCGACGGCCACGACCGUCUCAGCGCCGCCGACGCCGGUCCACCACGGCGGCGCCGGUACCGGGACCGGCAGUUCGAGCAGCGCCUCCUCCUCGCGUCUCUCCCUGCUCGACACCUGCCAUAGGAAGAUCCGGCUCUUCGGCGAGCUAGUCGCAAAGGCCAGACGAAAGGAGAAGGAUGCGGGAACCACGGAGGAUCCGAAAUUGUACCUGGAGGAGGCCGCCCUCGAGAGGCAGCUACCGGAGCUGGACCUGAGGAUGCUCGUGGACCUACCGCCCGGCCUGGACUACAACGAGUGGCUGGCGUCGCACACCCUCGCAUUGUUUGACCAUAUUAAUCUCGUCUACGGCACGAUAUCCGAGUUCUGCACCAUGACGGGCUGUCCCGACAUGACCGGACCCGGCUUAAGAACGUAUCUGUGGUUCGACGAAAAGGGAAAGAAAACGAGGGUUGCGGCGCCACAAUAUAUAGACUACGUUAUGACAUUUACGCAACGCACCGUUAGCGACGAAACUAUAUUCCCUACAAAAUAUGCAAACGAGUUCCCGAGCUCGUUCGAGUCGAUAGUGCGUAAGAUCCUGCGGCUACUGUACCACGUAGUGGCACACAUCUACCACUGCCACUUCAGGGAGGUGGCGCUUUUGGGGUUGCACGCUCACCUCAAUUGUGUAUUCGCCCACCUCACGCUCCUUAAUCAACGCUUCAACCUUAUAGACCCCAAGGAGACGGAGAUCCUGGGGGACUUGGAGGCCGCCCUCUUGGGUGACUCGACAUCCGCGCCUUCGCAGACCUUAGCCAUCCAGGAGACUCCGACCACCACGAACACUAGCAGUACCACCUAGAUCGCUGCGAUGCGUCAUAGCGAGCGAGCAGAGGUUGCAGUUCCUGAGACUAGGUGACGAUAGGCGAUACGUUCGUUCAUUCGGUUUCUUUUUGUCUCCUUUUUUUCUUUUUGUAGAUUACAUGCGAAAAAUAAGGUUUAUUGCGAUACGAUCGGCCGGUAAAAGAGAGGAGAAGUAUGAGAGAGUGAGAGAAAGAGAGUGAGAGUGCGAGGGAGAGAAUGAGAGAAAGCAGCGAUUCUGUAAAAAUGAGAAAAGAUAUACCAGUAGUACCUGUACAUAGCAAAGUGUGAACAACUAAAUGAUGUAAUUAGGUUCCUCCGUUUGUUGUUUGUGAGAUUGUACAUAAUUUAUUAAAUGGUAAGAUACACGAGAAAGGGGAAGAGAGAGAAAGAACGAAAGAAAGAAGAUGAGAGAGCGAGAGCAUGCACGAAAGUGACAAAGAACAUUGAUUAUUAUUGACAAAGCUAGUUGCUAUAAGAGAUAAUUUGUUCUGUAAAAAAAAUGAUACAAUAAUAAUAUUGUAAAGUUAAAAUAAUACCAAAUAUAUACCUGGUGUUAAGGCA